CAGGCUGUGGUCUCCUGGCUCUGGAAACAGCUCUAGCUCUGUCUUCAGCACCAUGAGCCUCAGACCCAGUGCCACCUCCUUCUGUACCAAUACCAGACCGGUUCAUGUCCUGCAGGUGUUGCUGCUGCUGUCACUGCUCCUGACUGUGCUGGUUCCCUCUACCACUGGACAACGCAAGAGAAAUUUAGGGAAAGUCGAAAGUGUAGAACCRUAUGUUGAACUGCGAUGCAUAUGUGUGAAGACGAUCUCUGGAAUUCAUCCGAGUAACAUCCAAAAUUUGGAAGUGAUCAGACCAGGGGCCCACUGUGCCAAAGUUCAAGUGAUAGCUACACUGAAGGAUGGGAGGGAAAUCUGUCUGGACCCAGAAGCUCCCAGAGUCAAGAAAAUAAUCCAGAAACUGUUGGAAAAUGAUGAAUCAGCUGCUUAAUCUUUAUUUUCUACCAACUCCUUUUAAAUCUCCCAGGAAGGGUAGG